AUGGGAGAUCGUGUGGGUGGACUAAGAUUGGACUUUAGCACGAAUGCCAAAUUAUCGAGCGACAACACUCAUCCAUACAUGCCAAAUCUACCGGUAUACCCGCCCACCAUUGUCCAAUAUAGCGCACCUGCAACCGAGAGCCCGUAUAAUCCAGCAUAUGUACCAGCGUCCGAAUAUGGAACCGCAACAUUCUCCAAUAUCCGCUUUAAUGUGACAUUGAAAGCUAUCGCUGUUGUGAUGACACCCUGGAAUGCCUCGCUCUAUAAUCAGUAUGCGAGUCAGUACAGCGUAUCCCCAUCGACGUACAUCGUUCAAUACCCAACCGAUGAGCGAUCCCCCGUUACAAGACGUGAUUUUAUCAUCGGUGCCCCAAGCAAGUUGGGCGGGGACCUAGCUCCCCCUACCAUCGGCCCGACCCUGAAUGAAUCCCAGUCAAAGACAGUUGUUCUCAUGAACCCGGGGGAUGCAGCUUUUAUCACAGUCUCGAAUGAAGACGCAGCCAUCUACUACACCACCAAUGGCUCAGAUCCGAUCGUCAGUUCACAACUUGAGUAUACCCCUGGCACUCGAAUUACUGUAUCCGGAGCCGCAGGAACCCGUCUGACAGUCAAGGCCAUAUCGGUCAAGGGAAAUCAAGUUUCAGCUGUGGUAACUCAAUCUUACGAAAUAGCAUCAAAUGUCUCUGAUGUUCCGAUCUUCGCACCUAUCAUCAACUAUCCUUCCGGAACAUAUUCAACAGACUCGGCCAUAUUUCAAACCAAUGGACUACGAGUAUAUAGUCCAUCCUACAGGACGAACUGCUAUUACACAAUGGAUGGCAUUGAUCCCGAUCCUCCCAAAUUGAACGCAAACCUUGGAUAUGGUUCGCGAGAUAUGACCGUGUGGGAAGAUCCGAAGACUGGAGUUUCCUAUCUGGUAACCUUCUCAGACAACAUAUAUGGGCGGAUCUGGCAACUUACGGAUGACCUCACCGAUGUUGUACCGAAUAAGGAAUAUGAUGUCUUUGUGGAUACAUCACGAGAGGCGCCCGCUCUAAUUCGUCACGGUGGCCCUUCGGGCAAGUUUGUUUAUCUCAUGACAUCUGCACAAAGCGGUUGGUACGCCAACCAAGGGCAGUACAAACGUACUUCGGAUUUCUCCGCCGCAUUCUCCUUCCCUCGAGACAAAAAAACAGGAUAUCGCAACGGAACAUCUGUGUGGUCCGAACUCGCCCCUGUUGGAGAUCCAAGUACCUUCGGAAGCCAGCCAAGCUGGAUCCAAAACAUUGGAACCGACAGGAACCCGGCAUACGUAUACAUAGGAGAUCGCUACAACGCGCUCAACUUAUCUAUGUCAACUUAUGUCUUCAUGAGUCUAUUCGUUGACGAUAAUGAAGCGGGAGAGGAUCAAAUUGUUGGAAGUGGCAACAUGACCCUCAUGUUUGACCCGCUACCGGCUAUCGAUGUUGUGGAGAAAACCGUCCAAACCCCGUCAUGGAUGCUUCUCUCUCUCAACAAGCCAGUAGAGGCAACGCCUGCCACUACGUUGACUGCAUCACAGGCUGCAGCGGGCACAUACAACUACAGCGCGUCCGUUGCCAACGACGGCAGUGACUACGACGUCGACGCGUAUGAUGCCAUUGCACAAUACUAUCUUCCGUCCAGUGUGCCGUAUUUCUGGCAAGUGGAUCUGGGCAAUCCUUGCAAUGUAUCAUGGGUUGGCUUGUCGUUCCGCAGUGUGGGAGGCUCCGAUGCUGUCGAGCGAUACUAUCUGAGUGGAAGCAAAGAUAAUGUGACCUGGGAUGAACUUGCCGAUGACAGAGGCAACUCCUUACCUGGCUUCAAAUCACAUUUGGUAUCUGGCAGCUAUCGCUAUGUUCGGCUUGAUACUACGAGUAUCUGGGAUGUUGUCCAUGGCACCUCCGCCGCGUGGGAAGCGGGGUUGUACGAGAUGAGCGUCUAUGGUAACUGUUGA